AUGUCACUGGAUUAUUAUCAAUCAAUGUUUGAAACAAAUACUGGAAGUAAUCAUAAUAGUACAAGUAAUAAUUCAAUUUAUAAUACAGUAUUUGGAAAUUCAAAUAAUAUUAAUACAAAUCAUUUGAAUAAUUCAAAUAAUUCGAAUAAUAUACCUAAUAAUGAUUAUGAAGAUUUAUUAAGAAUUGAUUCUUUAAAUUCAACUAAUAAUUAUAAUUUGUUUGAUAAUAAUAUGAAAAAUAAAUUAAAUUAUGAUAUAAAUAGUUAUGAAUUGCCAUCAAUUACAACAAAUGAUCAAAAUUCAUCACCAACAACUUCACAUAAAUCAACAAAUUCAAUAACAAAUUCAUCUUCUUCUUCUUCUACAACUUCAUCAGCAAGAUCAUUACCUUCAACUUCUUCAACUACUAAUACAACAAAUCAAAUUAUUGAUUCUUUACAAUUUAAUGAUGAACAAUUCUUUAAAAAUAAUUAUUUUCAAAAUACUUCUAUAAAUAAUGAUUUAGAAUUAAUGAAACAAGAAUUUGAAAAUCAUGAAAAAGAAUUUAUAAAACAAGGUGAAAAUUUAAAUACAAUUAAACAUCAAGAAUUUUUAAAUGAUAUAAUGACUGAAAAUAAUAAUGGUAAUAAAAUUAACGAACAACAACAACAACAACAACAACAACAAACUCAUUAUACUUCUAAUGUACCUUCAACUCCAGUUUUUAAUCAAAAUAAUUUUGCAAGACCUGUUCAAGGUACACAUAAAAGACAAAAUUCAAAUACUGUACCAAUUGAUCAAUUAACUUCAUUAAGUUUAAGAACUCCAAUAACAAAUUUAAAACAAUCUAUGACUCCAUUAAAUUCAAAUUUAAAUUUAACAAAUCAAUUAAAAGAAAUUUUACAACCAAGUUUUGAUCAAAUUGAAGAAGAUGUUAAACAAUUUGAAAAUAAUAAUCAAAUUGAAAAUUUAAAUUCACCAAAUUCUUUAAAUUUUCAAGCUCCACAUUUACAAAGUCAAAUACAGCAAGAAACACAACAGCAGUCACCUCCACAACCAUAUCAGAAUCAAAAUCAACAUCAUCAUCAACAAGUUCAAAAUUCAGCUUUAUCUUUAGAUCGAUCAAUAGUUAGUCUAGAUCCAGAAACAAUAGCUGAAUCUGCAGCUGCAGCAGCUGAAGCUUGUUCAGGUUCAACAAGAAGUUCAAUUGGUUCAUGUGAUGGAACAAAUGGUAGUACUAAUGGUGAUCAAAAUGAUUUAUUAAAUGAUGAAGGAACUAUAAAUCCUUUAGAAAUUUUUAAUAAUAAAUUAACAACAUCAUUAAGUUCACCUAGUUUAACAACUAUUUUCGGUAAUAAACAACAAUUAUUAUCACGUCAAAAUUAUCAAAAUCAAUCUCAAGCACAAGCUCAAGCUCAAGCCCAAGCUCAAGCUCAAGCUCAAUUACAACAAAGAAAAAAAUCAUUUCCACAUCAAUUAACUCAACAACAAAUGCAACAAUUGAAUGCACUUUCUAUUAAAAAUCAACAAUUAAAUCAACAGCAUCAACAAUAUCAAUCACAGUCUCAAAAUCAAAAUCAAUCAUUAACUUCACCUUUACAAUCUAAAUUUAUUCCACCAAAUCAUAAUAGAAGUGUAUCAACAUCUCAUAUUGAUUAUAAAUUAUCAAAUGAUAUUUCAUCAAAUUUAAAUAAUUGGUUUACAGGUUUACCAAAUAAUAAUAAUAACAAUAGUAAUGCAAUAAUUGAUGAAAAUAUUGAUUUAGAUCCUUUAAGUUCAAUAAGAGUUCCAAUUAAACCACCUUCUAAAACAAGAUCAUAUUCUUACACAAAUGGUAUGCAUAGUAGUAGAGGUAAUACAAGAAGAAAUUCUAUACAAUUUGGUCAAACUAAUGCUGGUGGUAAUAAUUUAUCUUCACAAAAUUAUAUUAAUUUCUUAACAAAUAUUAAUAAUGAUUCUACUUCUUCAAUUGAUCAAUAUCAACAAUUACAACAACAACAACAAUUACAAACAUCUCCAUCUCAACAACUGUUGCAACAACAACAAAAUGAAAUCUUGGUAUCAUCAAAUUCGACUACUUCAUUACAAAAUUCACCAACAAAUUUAUCUAAUUCUACAUUUGAUAAAAUUAAAGAAGAAGAUCUUUUAAAUAUUAAUAAUGCAAAUUAUUUAAUUGAUUCAAAUAAUGAAAUUAAUUCAACUCAACAAAAGAAAAAAAGAAGAAAAAGUUCAAUUGCUCAAUCUAAAAUAUCAAUUCAACAACAACAAUUAUUACCAAGUGAUGAUAAUCCAAUUCAAAACUCACCAUCGAUUUCUCCAACAUCUUCCAAUAUUACUGCUCCAACAUCUAAAUCAAAAACAUCAACCAAGUCAAAACAAAAGAAAGAUCCAAAAUCAGUAACCAUUACAAAAGAAUCAACAAUAACAAACCCAGAAGCAUCUUCAGAUUCAUCACUUCUUACAACCUCCACCACCACCACAAUUCAUCAAAAUAAUCAAGGAUCAUUUCCAUGUUCAGAUUGUACAAAACAAUUUAAAAGAUCAGAACAUUUAAAAAGACAUAUAAGAAGUGUACAUUCAAAUAUAAGACCAUUUUUAUGUAAAUUUUGUGAUAAAAAAUUUUCAAGAAGUGAUAAUUUAGCUCAACAUUUAAAAACUCAUAAAAAAAUUGAUGAAAUGGGUAAUAAUUAUAUUAUUUAUGGAAAUGUUGGAAAUCAUAAAAGAGAUAAUAAAAAAAUUGGUAGUAGUAAGAAAAAAGGAGUAAGUGGUUAG